GCCGGUGCGCGGCGCCCCGUCCCAGCCGCAGUCGCAGCGGCCGCCCCGCCCGGACCCGAGAGCUGCGGAGCCGCGAGGCCGGGCCGGGGCGCCGGCCGGGAAUGCCGGGGGCGCGGCGCCGACGCCGAGGCGCGGCCAUGGAGGGGAAGCCCCGCGCCGGGGUCGCGCUGGCCCCGGGGCCGAGCGGUCGAGGGCCUUCCGCCCGCCGCCGCCGCCGCCGCCGCCGCCCGGGGCUGCUGCUCCCCGGCCUCUGGCUGCUGCUGCUGGCCCGGCCGGCCUCGUGCGCCCCAGAUGAGCUCUCUUCGGAACAGCACAACCUUUCCUUAUACUCCGUGGAGCUCGUGCUGAAGAAAAGCACUGGGCACAGCGCUGCACAAGUGGCCUUAACAGAAACCGCGCCAGAGUCCCAGCACAGCAGUCCCCUCCAUGUCACAGCCCCGCCAUCUGCCACUACUUUUGAUACAGCCUUUUUUAACCAAGGAAAACAGACCGAAAGUACAGCAGCUCACAGCAUCUUUGUGGCAACUUACGUGUCGGUGACGAGUAAUGAGGUGGCCGUCGAUGACGAUGAGAUGGAUAACUUUCUGCCAGAUACUCACUGGACCACUCCACGGAUGGUUUCUCCAAUACAGUAUAUUACGGUCAGCCCACCGGGGCUGCCUGGAGGAGCGUUGGAACCCAUGCUCACUCCAUCAUUACCCAUGGUUUCUUUACAAGAUGAAGAAGUGACAUCGGGCUGGCAGAACACAACGCGACAACCAGCAGCAUAUGCUGAAUCCGCCAGUCAUUUCCACGCCUUUCGGUCAGCUUUUCGCACCUCUGAGGGCAUCGUUCCAACUCCUGGCAGGAAUUUGGUGCUUUAUCCUACUGAUGCUUACAGUCAUUUAUCAGGCAGGACUCUGCCAGAGAUGGCGGCUUCCCUAACAGAGGGUGUGGAAACCCCCCUUUUUUUAAGCUCCUGGUCUUUAAUGCCACAGCCAUUAGGCAAUGGCGUUACUAGACCGUUUCCCUCCUUGGGGGAGGUCUCACAGCCUCCAGAGGAGGUUUGGGUCACAAGUACAGACAGAUACCCUGAUGUGACCACUGUGUUGAGUCAAAGUCUAGAAGAAACCACCUCUCCAAGAACAUACUCUACUGUGACUGCGUCACACACUGCCCUUGCAUUUGGCAGGACACAUUCUGCAUUGCUUUCAACCUCUCUUGCAUUUGCGUCCUUUUCUGCUCCACCAACCGAUGUUUCGUCUAAGCCCUUUCUCCCUAGUGACUCCAGCAAGACAUCAGAAUUGCUCAGCCAUUCAGCUCUCUCCAGUCCCGUGGACAGCACUCCCCUCCUGAGCCCGGUGUCCUCAUUCAGACCACACACUUGGUGCGCAGCCUGCACUGUGGCUUCACCUCGGCACGUUCUGGCCACGAGCCUCGUGGAGAAAGACGUGGGAUCAGGGGAUGGUGCAGAGACCCUGACCAUGACCGUGCUGGAAGAAAGCAGCAUCUCUUUAAUGAGUAGCGUCGUAGCAGACUUCUCUGAAUUUGAGGAAGAUCCUCCAGUGUUUAAUACGCUUUUCCCCUCCAGACCUGUGGUCCCACUUUCUUCCAGAUCCAUGGAAAUCUCAGAGACGAGUAUUGGUGUUUCCGCCGAGGUGGAUGUGAGCAGCGUGACAACCACACAGGCUCCCCCUGCGCAUGGCCACCUCUCUGUGCCGGCGUCACUCCAUUCCGCUGCUGGCUCCUUGUCUGUUGUGGAAACGCAGGUGAUACCAUCCAGCGUGACCGCUGUGUUCUUCUCGGUCAUCACCAGCAUUCUCCUUGAUUCAUCUCUCUCUGCCAUAGCGAACAAAAACACACCAUCGCCUGCCGUCGGAGAUCCAAGUGUUUUUACGCCUUACAGCGUGGUUCCUGCAGUGGAGUCUUCACUUUUCUCUGACCAAGAUUCUUCCAGUUUUUCCGAUUAUAAACCCGGAGGUGCUUUGAAUUUCGUAUCCAGCUUUUUCUCAACGCCCCCGCUGGAACUCAGCGGCUCCAUCUCUUCACCUUCGGAAGCGUCUCUGUCUCUGAUGCCGAGUGACCUGUCCCCCUUCACGUCUCAGCCUUUUUCUACCUUGGUUGAGACAUUUAGAUUGUUCCACUCGAGUGAUCUGCAGUCAUCUCGGUUGUCUCUUCCCAGCUCCACAGGUCUUGAAUUUUCGCAGCUGCAGCCAAGUUCUGAGCUGCCUUUAAACACCGACACUUCCCGACCUAGCCUCUCUAAAGCGUCGCCACGGUCAAGCUUCCCUUCUGAUUCUCUGGAGUUUGUUGGAGCGUCGAUGGUUUCACGGAUGGAUUCAGAAGCUCAUUUUACCUCAGCUUUCACUGAAACUACCUCCUAUCUUGAGUCUUCACUCUCUUUCCGUGAAUCCGCAGUCACCACACUGGUGCCCCCCAGCUCUGGGUCUUUUGACAUCUUGACUGCCGGGAUUCACGCAACUUCGCCAUUGACCGCUGUCCACGCAACACCCAUUUUACCUGCGUUUUCUUUGUUCUCAACUCUGACACCUCCUGACGAUCAAAUCAGUGCUACAGACGGUCACGCGUCUGUCCUAGCCUCUUUCUCCAAAGCCAUUCCCACUGGCACGGUGUCGAUCACAUACCCGCCAGCAGGGUCCUCGUUUGUUUCUGAAGCGACCCCCUUCCCUCUGCCCACAGAGCUGACCGCCGUGGACCCAUUGCUCACACCCACAGAGGUGCCACUGAACAGCUCCACGGAAGCGAGCCCAGCCAGCACCGGUGCUGCCACUGCUGGUCCCCUCGACUCCAUCCUGAUGAGCGACGCCCCAAGUCAGAGCCCCCCAGAGAGCAGCGCUGCUCCUCCCCUGCCGUCCCUGCAUCCCGUGACCGCCUUCACUCUGGAAGCAGCAGUCGACACGCCGACACUGGCCACCACCAAGCCGCCAUACGUUUGUGAUAUCACAGUCCCCGAUGCCUAUCUGAUCACAACUGUGCUGGCCAGAAGAGCUGUGCAGGAGUACAUCAUUACAGCAAUCAAAGAAGUACUGAGGAUUCACUUCAACCGUGCAGUGGAACUGAAGGUUUAUGAACUAUUUACUGACUUCACUUUCCUGGUAACAUCCGGUCCUUUCGUUUACACGGCAAUAUCGGUCAUAAAUGUGCUUAUAAACAGUAAGCUUGUGCGUGACCAGACUCCUUUAAUCUUGUCUGUGAAACCUUCUUUCCUUGUGCCAGAGUCCAGGUUCCAAGUUCAAACAGUCCUUCAGUUUGUGCCUCCAAGCGUGGAUACUGGCGUCUGCAACUUCACCCAGCGCAUCGAGAAAGGCCUAAUGACAGCUCUCCUUGAAGUGAGAAAACACCACCAGGGAACGUAUAACCUCACGGUGCAGAUCUUGAAUAUCACCGUCAGUUCCUCAAGGGCGACUCCUCGGCGGGGCCCGGUGAACAUCACCUUUGCAGUUAGAAGCGCACAGGGAUUCUUGAAUGGGUCGGAAGUGAGUGAGCUGCUGAGGAACUUGAGUGUGGUGGAGUUCAGUUUCUAUCUGGGAUACCCGGUGUUGCAGAUUGCAGAGCCCUUCCAGUAUCCACAGCUCAACUUAUCUCAGUUGCUGAAGUCCUCUUGGGUCAGAACAGUUCUCCUGGGUGUCGUGGAGAAGCAGCUCCAGAAUGAAGUGUUUCAAGCCGAGAUGGAACGCAAGCUGGCCCAGCUGCUCAGUGAGGUUUCCACCAGACGCCGGAUGUGGAGAAGGGCCACUGUAGCUGCGGGGAACAGUGUGGUGCAGGUGGUAAAUGUGUCGAGGCUGGAGGGAGAUGACAAUCCUGUACAGCUCAUCUACUUUGUGGAGGAUCAAGAUGGAGAAAGACUCAGUGCUGUCAAGUCUUCGGACCUGAUUAACAAGAUGGACCUCCAGAGAGCAGCCAUCAUCUUGGGUUACCGGAUUCAAGGCGCCAUUGCCCAGCCUGUGGACAGAGUGAAGAGGCCAUCUCCGGAAUCCCAGAGCAGCAACCUGUGGGUCAUUGUUGGUGUGGUCAUCCCGGUGCUGGUGGUGAUGGUGAUUGUUGUCAUCCUCUACUGGAAACUCUGCCGCACGGACAAGCUGGACUUUCAGCCUGACACCGUGACCAACAUUCAGCAGCGUCAGAAGCUGCAGGUCCCUAGUGUGAAGGGUUUCGAUUUUGCUAAGCAGCACCUGGGUCAACACAAUAAAGACGACAUAUUGAUUAUUCAUGAGCCAGCGCCACUGCCAGGACCUGUGAAGGACCACACCACGCCCUCGGAAAACGGAGACGUGCCAAGCCCCAAGUCAAAGAUCCCGUCCAAGAACGUCCGUCACAGAGGAAGAGUUUCUCCCUCAGAUGCUGACUCUACGGUCAGCGAAGAGUCCAGCGAGAGGGACGCAGGAGAUAAGACACCGGGAGCCAUCAAUGACGGCGGGUCCCACAGAGCCCCGCAGAGCGGACCACCACUGCCCAGUUCAGGAAACGAGCAGCACUCAUCAGCCUCCAUCUUCGAGCACGUGGACAGGAUCGCCCGCCCCCCGGAGGCUAGCCGGCGGGUCCCCAAUAAGAUCCAGCUCAUCGCAAUGCAGCCGAUCCCGGCACCCCCUGUGCAGCGCCCCUCCCCAGCUGACCGAGUGGCAGAAACCAAUAAAAUCAACAAAGAGAUUCAGACCGCGCUGCGGCACAAGUCUGAGAUCGAGCACCACCGCAACAAGAUCCGCCUGCGCGCCAAGCGCCGCGGCCACUACGAGUUCCCGGUGGUGGACGACCUGUCCUCGGGCGACACCAAGGAGCGGCACCGGGUGUACCGCCGGGCGCAGAUGCAGAUCGACAAGAUCUUGGACCCCACGGCCAGCGUGCCCUCCGUGUUCAUAGAGCCCAGAAAGAGCUCACGGAUAAAGCGUUCUCCCAAGCCUCGCCGGAAACACCAGGUCAAUGGCUGUCCUGCUGAUGCUGAGAAAGACAGGCUCAUCACCACGGACAGCGAUGGCACCUACCGGAGGCCCCCUGGCGUCCACAACUCGGCCUACAUUGGAUGCCCAUCGGAUCCUGACCUCCCAGCCGAUGUGCAGACGCCAUCCUCAGUGGAACUGGGGAGGUAUCCAGCCCUUCCCUUCCCGGCCUCCCAGUACAUCCCACCGCAGCCAUCCAUCGAGGAGGCACGUCAGACCAUGCACUCCCUCCUGGACGACGCCUUUGCCCUCGUGGCCUCCAGCAGCCAGCCUGCCAACGCCACGGGUGCGGGCCCAGGAGUCCCACCGGGCCUGCCGGUGAACAGCACCCCUUCCCGGGAAGAGAGGCGAGCCACCCAGUGGGGGUCUUUCUACAGCCCAGCCCAGACGACCAACAACCCCUGCAGUAGAUAUGAAGACUAUGGAAUGACUCCCCCAACGGGUCCAUUGUCAAGACCAGGUUUUGGCCCCGGUUUGCUGCAGUCUUCAGAGCUGGUGCCUCCUGACCCCCAGCAGUCACAGGGGUCCGCCGAAGCCCCGUUUGCUGCCCGAGGGAUCUACUCAGAGGAGAUGCCGUCAGUGGCCCGGCCUCGGCCUGUCGGGGGCACCACAGGCUCCCAGAUCCAGCACCUGACGCAGGUGGGAAUUGCCAGCAGAAUGGGAGCUCAGCCGGUAGAAAUCCCAUCAAGCAGAGGCAGCCAGUAUGGGGCGCCAGGCUGGCCUUCGUACGGGGAAGAUGAAGCGGGGCGAAGAGAGGCCGUGCCAAGGACUUCAGGCAGGGAGCCCUCAGCUCCUCCCGGGAACCUCCCCCACCGGGGGCUGCAGGGCCCCGGGCUGGGUUACCCCACCAGCUCCACGGAGGACCUGCAGCCGGGCCACUCCUCAGCCUCUCUCAUCAAAGCGAUCCGCGAGGAGCUCCUCCGGCUCUCCCAGAAACAGAGCACCGUGCAGAACUUCCACAGCUGAUCGGCCCGCCUCGCAGAUUUGCCAAGUAUCCGCUUCCCGUGGAAGCAAGACCGAAAGGAAAUCAGCUGAGUGGGUGUUUGGAAGAGGAAGGAGCGCCUCCUGGGCAGCCUGCCCGCCGGAGGGAGCAAGUUGCGAUGUCCAAGCUGCCAGAAGUCAUGUGACAGCUCGCGCGCCUUUCACCGGGCUGGCAAUUGUGUGACCACUUGGGUUCGGCUGAAAUGUAUGUACUUUGGCCACAAGCCAGCAGCACUUCACAAAAGCAAAACACAAAGCUAAGCUAACGCAAGGACUGCAUUCGGCUCUUUUUUAAAGGCAGUGAUUAAAAUGUAUAGACGGCAUAGGGAUGGAAGGAACCAAGCGUUUCCGUGGGAUGGAGACUGGUACGCGUACGAUGAACCUGCUGCUUUGUUUUCUGAGAAGAGGUUUGAAGACAUUUUAUGAACAGCCGGAUUUUUCUCUUUUACUCCAUAGGAACUUAUUUUAAUAGUAACAUUAACGACAAGAAUACUAAGACUGUUUGGGAAUUUUGAAAAGCUACUAGUGAGAAACCAAAUGAUAGGUUGUAGAGCCUGAUGACUCCACGCGAAGCCAUCACCUGCAUUCUUCCUCCUCCUUCUGGUGCUACAGUUCCAAGGGCCCUCCCCCUUCAUGUCUGAAAUGCAACUUUGGGUUUUUCAGUGGAAGAAUAAGUUAAAGGUUUCAUUUUGUCCUAGAAAAAAAAAGAAAAAAUCCCUCCCAAAGCAGGGCAAAAAGCUGGAUAUUUAUUUGGUUAUCCCAAAUACAGAUCGAAGAUUAGAUCUCCGUUCUUAAUUACUUUUGCUGUUUCCUAAUUGGGCACACGUAACUCCUGGCCACAUCCCAGCUCAGCACCGAUCGCUAAGCCCAAUCCUAUAAAACGAGGCUUUGGAGAGGCCCUCACUGAUCCUUUCUUCCCCUUUGCUGUUGAUUUGUUCACAAAUUAUGUUUGAAUGAGAAAUCUUCUGUAAGCAGAAGUUAUGUAAUAAUUCCCAGGACCACCAAAUUGUUAUGCCUACAUCUCCACCAGUCACAUGCCCUGUGUUCAAAACCUGGAAAUGAAAUUGAGUUCAGUUCAGCCUCUCUGUAACGAAUCAAGCAAUGUAAAACAGCUUUGGGACUUCAAGGGAAAGGAGAGAGUUGCUUCUCAUUUCUGAUUUUAUUGUGCUGUUAUUCUGUCGAGUGGCUAUUAAAAUGGUCUUAUUCUCUUUGGGCCUAAGAGGGGAUCAUCUUGAUGAAGAUUUACUCCUGAUGUAAACAUUUCCCCACCAUUCCAAAUCAUGGUAAAGAAAACAGUGACAAGGGCCUUUCUGUUUUCUGGUACCUGAGUGAAACUCAGAAGAAAAGCAGGCUUAGCUAAGAGAUUUUUCACUAUGAACCUGCUUUUAUUAGAUCAACGAAUACAGUCAUGCAUCGCUUAACGAUGGGGAUGCAUUCUGGGAAAUGUGUCAUCAGGCUGUUUUGUUGCUGUGCCAACAUUCUAGAAUGUACUUACACAACCUACAUGGUCUAGCCUCCUACACACCUAGGCUGUGUGACAUGGUCUAUUGCUCUUAGGCUGCAAACCUGUACAGCAUGUUACUGUGCUGAACACAAUGGUAUUUGUGUAUCUAAACAUAUCUAAACAUAGAAAAGGUAUGAUAAAAAUACAGUUUUAUAAUCUUAUGGGACUACCAUCAAUAUGCAGACCGUCAUUGACCAAAACAUCCUUAUGUGUGCAUGACUGUACUUUUAAUUGAACAACAGGUGAGGGGCUAGAAUUUGGGACUCGGACUAGUCAAAACCUGUGUAUCUGUGCCAAGUUUUGAGAUCCCUAAAACAGCUAAAACAGGUUUCCAAAGUGGAAUCACUGGAUUUCAAAACCGUGUUUCAGGCCUGUCGUACAGAUUUAGAGUCUUACAAUCUGAGGAAAGUUGGUUCUGGGGAGUUACGGUGGAGCCAGUUUUCAUCUGGAUGCCCCUGAAACAGAAGGGGUGCAGGAGAGUAAGUCUCUCAAGGAUGAUAAAGGACGGGCGGCAUCUUGUUGGGCGAUCCUCAGAGGCUCCAAGGAGCACUGGAGAGAAGGGCUCCUUCUGGGUUUGAAGUCUUGGUCUUGGUUUAAUACUAGACUCUCCCCAAACUGAAGGAUUCUCUUUGCAUGUCACUCAAAAAUACCAGGUUUGCUGAAUAUUGUAUUAGGAACUUCAGAUAUCUAAGUGGAAUUUUAUUCUGGACACCAUAUAGUGAAUUCAAAUCAUGCGACAGCAAAUGGGAUAAAUGGCCCUUUCUCUCCCAGUUCUGCUCGGUGCCAUAAGGGUUUGCAUAUAGAGUAUAUUAAACAUGGUGACCUCCUUUGAGCAUUGCAGAAAGAGGGCUCUCUUUCAAAGUGGGCUGAUUGUAACAGCAAUUUUGAUGCCUUUCAAACUACCAUAAAGGGAUUUUAACUGUAUUUUUAUUCUUAGAAACAAUACACCUUUAAACAGAUGUCCAGACCAAAGAUGAUGUGUAAUAAACAGCCGGCGGUUGUGGGGUGGUGUGAGCAGGCCCCCGGGUGCCCCGAUCACCGGCACCCUGUCGGUGGUCAUAAAGCACACGUGGUAUGUACUUGCUUCCUCCCAAGGCCUGCCGCAACAGUUUCACCAAUCACCAAACUCAGAACAAACCAGCUGUGUGGGCAGCACCAUCCCCCCAGUCGUCUUCAGACACUCAGUUAACGUGAUCCGUGAAAAGAAGGUCCUCGUCUGGAUGGUGUGUGGCUUUGGAGUCCAUUUCUGGAAGCACUCUACCAUGAACAGCUGAAUUUCGUGUCUCUUCUUUUUUCCUAUUUUAAAACGUUCUAGUGGUAACACAAACUGUACAUUUGAGUCAGAAUGUUUGGAGACAUGAUCGUUUUUUUCAGAGUCUACUUUGUCACUCACUGACCGUGUCAGAUUCCUUCUCUGAACUUCAUUCUCUCCAUCAGCCAAACAAGAACAGGCCUCCCCCGCCACCUUCCAGGCUCCCCAGUUGUGAGAAUCAGAUGCGAUCAUGUGUGCAAAUGUUCUGUGAGGAGGGAGCAUAAAGCACCGUGAAAAUGUAACGUGCUGUCGAUGCGGAUGCCCUAGGAUGAGCAUUGUGAUACGCUACGCCCCUGCAGUGAGUGGCUUCACACGUGGCUAAUGAGCAAAACAAAGUUCCAUGUGACUCAUCUUCCUCACUCCCAUUUUGCUUUAAAUUCCCUUCCUUCGCUAAUUUUCAAAUGGCAUUUAUUAAGCAUCUUUCUGCUCCCGACUUUCUGGCGUCUCUGGCCCCAAAUAAGCCAGCAGACAUGAGCCUUGCCUUCUGAGAUUUUAGAACCUAAGAUAGUACGAGUGGGUAUAAAAGCUGGAAGAUGCAGAUAAAUAGCAUCAAUAAGAUUGAUUCAAAGAGGUCAGGCGUGGUGGCUCAUGCCUGUAAUCCCAGCACUUAGGGCGGGCGAAGCAGGUGGAUCACUUGAGAUCAGGAGUUUGAAACCAGCCUGGCCAACAUGGUAAAACCCCGUCUCUCCAAAAAAUACAAAAAUUAGCUGGGUAUGGUGGUACUUCCUGUAGUCCCAGCUGAGGCAUGAGAAUCGCCUAAACCUAGGCGACAGAGAUUGCAGUGAGCUGAGAUUGCACCACUGCACACCAGCCUGGGUGACAGAGCAAGAGUCUCUCAAAAAGAAAAAAAGACACGAAUGCAUUAGGUACCCAGAAGAAGUUGCAGAAGUUGCAGGUUUGGAAAUGCGGGAUCUGGGGAGGAGCCGUCCACUUCAGAAGUGACUUUGAAGGCAGGGCAGCUACCCAGGCAAAUGGUGUGGAAGGAAGAGCCGAGCGUAGGCCUGGGAAAGGCUAUAGGCAUGGGGUGCAGCUGCCAGUGAAAACGAACCUGAUCUUGAUCCACUUUAGUAUGGGGACACAAUCCCCGACUCCACUACUGAGGGAGUUUUAGAAGAGAAGGAAGAGGUGCUGGGAGGGUGCUUUUGCAGUCAUACAGCAAGGAAAUGACUAGGGCUGUGAAGAUCUACAGAGGAAGUGCUCAGUGUGAGGGUGAGGGCAAGGGAAGAGGAUGAAAAUGAUGAGAAAGACAUUGAGGUCGUCGUUUCGAGCCGAUCUCGGCAGUGUUUGGCCACGCCAAAUCCUUUGUGGAGCAUAGUGAGUUAUCAGUAUAUAUAUUCAGCUUUUUUACAGCUACCUACAGGUUUUCUCCAAAUUUUGUUAAUUUCGUAGUGUUUUGAUUUGGGUGGCUUUUAAGCUGCGGGUGUUUGCCAGCCAGAUAUUUCCUGGCAUGCAGCCUGUGAAGCAAAGCACAGGUGAAGGCAGGCACGAAAGCUUUGGGCUAAAACCAGCAGUUCUUUGCUGUAGCAGUCUCUCAUUUCCUGCGGACGGGGUCACUGGUCCUGCAUUUGCACAGUAAGUGCUCCAGUGACCAAACCAGUCACUCGGACACUGAUAUGCAAUGCAUUAGUGGUCAUUCACAAAUUAAUCAUUACAUAAGCCUCUCCUACCCCUUUCAUACUAGAUUCUCAGACAUGAAUGAAUUUGCCGUUGGGAAGGAAAGCUGGUUAAGGUUCUGGGCACAGAGGUAGGGGGACUCCAGUCUUAACUCCCACGCUAACUUUAGUGGAGUUUUCACUGUUGUCAUUUCUACCUCCGGAGCAAGUCUCCAACACCAGUCCCAGAGCCUGCUUAUCCAUAUUUGCCCUGGCCGGGAGCAGGAGAAAGUUCACUUCUGCACCAGCAGACAGCAUGUGAACACAAAACACAUUUCUAUGGCAUAGUCAGUUGAACUUCAUUUUUACAUUUAACAUGUUAACACAUUCUAACAGGGUUUCUAUAAGCAGCUGCUAUAACAUAAAAUGUAAUAGAUUUAACGCUUGUUAUCUAAUGAACAAGGAGUGUGUGUACUUCAGGUUUCUUUUGAUAUUCUUGGAGGUGAUUGUCAGUGUUUAAGUAGGACUACUUUCUUCACUAUGAAGAUGACUUGAAAAUUGCAACAUCAUGGUACAUUGCUAAGUUCAUGCCUGUGUGUUUGACAGUGGGCUUGAUCAUUUAUCUUAAAACACAGCAGCAUUGAAAUUUUGGAAAAGAAUGUUAAAUGCCUUUGGAAACAUGAAAUAAAGUUAGGAGCCAGUGAGAAAGUGACAAGCAAUGAAUGUCUUAAUGCACUAUAGUUAAAAUGGCUUCCCACAGGGUAGAGAAUUAUCCAGGAUCCUUACUUUUCCUUCUUCCUCUAGGUCUUUCAGGGGUCACUUCACAUUUCUAAAAAACAGUGAGUAGUCUGGGCCUGGUGGCUCAUGCCUCUAAUCUCGACACUUUGGGAGGCUGAGACAGGAGGAUUGCUUGAGGCCAGGAGUUUGAAACCAGCUUGGGCAACAUAGUGAGACCCCGUCUCUACAAAAAAAAUUUAAAAAUGAGCUUGGCAUGGUGGCAUGUGCCAGUAGUCCCAGCUACUCAAAAGGCUAAGACCGGAGGAUUGCUUGAGCCAAGGAGUUGGAGGCUGCAGUGAGCUAUGAUCAUGUCACUGCACCCCAGACUGGGCUACAGGGUGAUGUCCCAUCUCU